AAAACCAUGUUGAAAGCUGGCCACUACACGGAUCUGCUGCGCCAAGUCAACGAACUCAAACGCCAACUGCAUUUGGUCGAGGCGGAGCGCAAGGCGUGCGAGGAUGAAAGCAACGAAACGAUCAAAAGGAACCAGCAGCGGCUCAAUCGACUGAAACAAGAUGUGGGCGAUAUCAAAUCGGAGCUGAGCGAUACGGUGAGGAACAGCCGGCAGAAUCAUCCGACGCAGUCGAGUCCCAUGGGCAUCCUGCAGGUGCUCAGAGACAACAACAUCGAUUACAGCAAAUACAAACUGACGAAAUCAGCCGACGAAAUCCUUGUCGAUCUCGACUGUCGCAUCGCCGACCUUGUCAAACAGGCCGACCUCACCAAACAUCAAACCCAAUUGAUUUACCAGAGGAUCAACGAGAUCGAAGAACAGCUGGCCCUGGAUUCGGAGCCGAGUCGAGCGGAGAGUCCGACGCGCGUGUUAUCGUCGACUGCAUCGUCAUUAUCGCCGGUCAAAUCAUCAGCCACGUCAUUCCCCAUGACCAAGUUGAUUGAUGAGGAAGUUACGCUGACGGAGAUUCAAAGCAUUCGCCAGAAGAUGGUCGAAGCGUACCACAUACAGCGCCAGUACAAGACUAUCCUGGACGUGAUCAGCGGCGAAAGGAUCGGUUACGAAAGUCAACUCAUCGAGCUGGAAAAAAGUGCGGCCGAUUCUAAAGUAGAAGCCGCUAAGCUCAAGCAAGUGAGAGAGGCAGCCAAGAGAGCCAGAGACGUAGCCAAGACGGAACUGCAGCAUCACGAAGAGACUCUAGUGGCAUCAACCAGAGAAACCGACCGCCUCCUGAGCGACUACAAGCGUCGCAUUGACGAAAUGAAAUCGACGGCGUCCAACGCUUCCAACCGUCAAGUCCGCAAUCCAGCGACACCAAUGACGGGCCGCGUCACGCUACCCACAGGGUCGGCGGCCACUUCGGCGGGAGGAGGUGGCGCGGCUACUGGUGAAAUUUCGCUUGCAGAUCAGGAAGCGAGACAGGCCCUUCACGAGACCAAAAAGGCCAUCGAUCACUUGAGAUCCGUUACUGGUGCGGCGGACGUCCGUUCGACAAUCCGGAUCGUCGAAUCGCAAAAGGAGAAAUGCGACGAGUUGAGGCAACAGUUUCACGUCCUCCAGGAGCGAGUGCAAUACUUGGCCCAGUUGAAGGAGACGCUACUGGUUCGAUUGAAUCAAUUACUCGAAGCGCACUGUUUAUCAAGUAGCAACAGCACCCGGCCGACGCCCCGCUUACUGGACGAACUGUUUGCCGAUGACGGGUCGUUAGCUACUCCACGCUACAAGACGGCCAGCAUCAACGGUGAAUACCAAAUAGCUCAGGAGGACGAAGAGCAGAUCGACUACAAUGAAGCGCUGCGAUCUGUGGCGUCGGCAAUCAUCAAGAUCUGCUCUCAAAUUCCAGUCGGCCCACCCGUCGAGGAGGCCAAUUACCCGGCCGAGUCUGCCGUGAUAACCGAUCACCUCAAUGUUCUCAAUCUGCUGGAAAGUAAGCUGUCGGCCUUGAUGGAACUUGUCAAGAGUCUCGACGCCAUCAAGGCAGAACCGUCAACGGUCAAUGGUAAUCCCAAUCCGGACCUUCUCUAUUCACAGAUGGGUCAACUGUCGUUGCCGUCAAGUCCACGGCCGGCCGAGCCGAAGUUAACGCAGCCGAACGAUGGGUGUGGAACGACGGCGGCGGCUGGAGCUGCCGCCACGACCGUUGCAACGGACCGUGCCGGACGGGUAAGUAACCCCAAAUUGAGGGUUGGCAACGACUCCGGCUCGGAUGAAGAUCAGGUACCGACACGAGGUUUCCUCAAACGACAAACGCGCAUCAUCGUCGACGCCAAAACCAAGAAACAAAAUCAACGACCCAGAAAAAACGAUUAACGAUUGACGAGGCCAAAAACUGUUCAAUCGACGCAAGCCUAAGGUAAAUAGAAAUAUCAAGUAGUAAACAAACAACAACAACAAAUCUUCUCAAAGUAGAACAGCCAACAUCAGACCAAUAAACCUUUUAAAUUCGAAAA